CUGGACGUCCGUGAAGACGGCCUGUGGGCGGGGCUUACGGCAUCCGCCGUGUCCGCUCAGUUUAGCGGUCAGCGCUCUCCGAAGAAGGCAUCUUCUGUUUUGUUUUUUUGCAUCUCACUUCCGUGUUUGGUGUUUCCUUACGAAAGGCUUGAUCUUAUCCCCCAAAACAUUAAAGAAAUCAAGAAAGUGUUACUUCUAAGAUGGCUAUGGUAAAGAGUGGCUGGCUUCAUCGACAAAGUACCAUCCUGCGUCGAUGGAAAAGAAACUGGUUCGACUUAUGGGCUGACGGACGACUCGUGUUCUACAAUGAUCAACAACGGCGUGACAUGGAGGAUGACAUCCACAUGAGGGUCAACUGCAUUAACAUCCGCAACUCUGCUGCAUGUCAGGAGCUGAACCCACCGGAGGGGAAGACACGUGAUGCCUUGUUCCAGAUAGUGUGCAGAGAUGGACGGGUCAUCAGCCUGUGUGCGGACAGUGCAGAUGAUGCUCUGGCAUGGACUAUGGCACUUCAGGAUGCCAGAAUUAACAUGGUGGCCACUGCUCCUCAGAUUGGCUUUGCACAGGAGGUGAUGGCGUCUGCUCCUCCCCCCUACUCGGAAUAUCCUCCCCAGCCGAUGUAUGCCCCGGGCCCGUAUGGAGACUACACUGCACCUCCCCCACAGGUCACACAGGUCGUAUACACUGCUGAUGGGCAGCCCUACACAGUUGCUUAUCCUUAUCAGUACCGGGGUGGGUACAUCGCUCCUGAAGUGAACCAUGUCAUCAUUCGGGAGCGACAGCGUGACGACGGAGGAGACGUGGCGUUGGGCAUGCUCGCUGGAGCAGCAACCGGUUUAGCAAUUGGCUCUCUCUUCUCUGUCUUCUAGUGUCAGAACCAAUGUGCUUCUAGCAGCACAAGGCUCUCUCCACCGUAUUCACAUCAUAUAGCCUCUUCUCUGUAUCAUCAUGUGAGUUGGAAUGAAACGUGUCUGUUGGGCUAAAUCUAUGAAGCAUGAUUGUGAUGUGCAGUGAACUGCUCACUAUUUACUCUUAGCACUUUCAUAUAUAGUCUGUGUUGUUGGUUACCAGCAUUAUUAUUUUUUUUUUCUUUUGUGUUGUCUGAAUAUGAUUGUUCUUAACCAAAAAAAACAUGAUCUAAUAUAAGCAUUACUUAGGAUGAUAGGAAAGACACUACUCCUUUCAUGAACACUUCAGGUCCUCUCAGUUCAGUUGGUUUUCCCUUUCAUGGCGCACAGAUGUUUUUAUUACACUGAUUUUGUGUUUAUUUCUGUUUAUUGUAUAUUUUGUUAUUUUAAUGUUUUUGUUGUUGUAAUUUUGCAGUAUAUAUUUGGUUAAGUAAUUAGUGGUGGAAGCAGCCUCAGGUGAGUGUCGCACACACAAAGCAAUAAUCACUUUGAGUGCAGCAUUCUGAGGAACCCGUUUGAUGGACUCUGGUUUGAUUGUGUUGUCUUUACCAGACAGAAGUCUGCGUCAAAGUGGAAAGGGACAUCACUCCUUUGGAUUCAUAUAUGCACAGUUUAUGCUCUUUCUUUCACUGGCAGCUGUUAAAGCAUACUUUUGUUUGAAAGUGUGUUUGAAGUGUUUUUUUGUUGUUGUUGUUUGUUUAACCUCCAUAGACUUAGGAGCACUCAGCAGAUAAAUCAUUCUCUUGAGACAUUUUAAUUGGCUAGGACCCUUAAAAUCUGAAGUUUUGCUCGAUGGAAAACAUGUUGGUCUGCAUUUCAAACAGAUAUUUUGAUUAUUAUUGAAAGAUGUGUAAGAAAUUUUGUUUUGCAAGCAGCUUAACGUUGAUGUCAUUUUUUUCUUCUACAGGUCUUAAUUUGUUUGCACCUGUGAAAUUAAUAGUUACUCAUCAAAUGUACCAAUUAAAUUAUGAUUUACCCUGCAUUAGAAAUAUAUAUAAAUAUGAUAGUUAACUAAGAGAUGUAUUUUAACAAAUAAACAUAUUCACAAAUG